AUGCUCUGCCGAAUGCACCUUCUGCCCUUCGCCACCCGCCUGGGCACCGUGAGGACCCUGUGGCCGAGCGCGGAGACCAUCUUCGCCGACCUGCAGCAGGAGAUGGAGCGAGUGCGCGAGUUCAUGAGCGGCUUCGAGAGCCUCCUGAGCAGCCAAGGCAGCUUCGCCGGCGACCGUGCCCAGGGCUCCGUGACGGCCGCAGCGCCGACCUCCGGCGAGGGCUUCUCCGUGUGCCAGGACGUGAAGGACUUCGCGCCCGAGCAGCUCUCAGUGAAGGUGGUGGGCAGGAAGGUGAUGCUGGUGGGGCAGAAGGAGACGCAGAGCGCCGACGACAAGGGCGCCUUCUCCUACAAGUACGAGGUGCUGAAGCGCGAGUGGGACGUGCCCGAGGACGUGGACGCCGAGGCGCUGAGCUGCUCGCUGCGCGACGGCUGCCUGCGCAUCGCGGCGCCGCGCCGCGCGCUGCCGCCCGUGCCCGAGCGCAACGUGCCCAUCGAGCUGGCACCACAGCCCGUGCCCGCCGCCGAGGACGGCGCCGCCGCCGCAGCCAAGGCGUAA